AUGUCGAAAGACCCCUUCCUGUCCUUUUCGCUCCUCACCAUCCCCUCUACGAACAAUUCAAACACGUCUCCAAUUUCUACUUCCUUGUCAUUGCCAUUAUCUCCUUCAUUCCUAACAUCUCCCCAAGCACCCCAUUUGCAAGCGUCCUCCCCCUCUUUGUCGUUGUCGGCUUCGGUUUUGCGAGAGACAUCUUCGAGGACAUCAAGCGCGCAAACGAUGAUCAGACUGCCCAUACGCUGCAAGCCGCCCAUCUGGAGCCUGACUUGCAUCGCACUGUCGCUUCAAGAGACAUUGCCGUUGGUGACAUCGUUCUCGUGCGCAAAGGAGAGGUUUUUCCGUGCGACCUCGCCUUCCACUGCUCUGCACGAGUUUGAAGCCUCCAUUGAACUGAGCGGCGAGGGCCCCGUCCCGCUCGGCCCGUCGUCGCUGCUGCUCAGAGGAAUUAUCUUGAGAAACACCGAGUACAUUUAUGGUAUUGCUGUGUACACUGGAUUUGAUACUAAAGUUGCACUAAACAUGCGCAACCCCCCAAGCAAAAUGAGUUCCGUUGAGCGCAAACUUAACUGGGUCGUCCUUAUGUUGUUUAUUGCCCUCGCUACCCUCGUCAUCACAGGCGCAAUUGUCGCUGGAGUCUUACAAGACAGGGAUGGUGCCGGCCAGUGGUACAUGGGGGAGAAUGCUUUGAAAUCUGGUGGCAAAGUCACUUCCCAAAGCCUGGGCACGUUUCUCAUUUUGUUUUCUACCUUUAUCCCGGUUUCGCUUUUCGUGACCUUCGAAUUUAUUCGGGUUCUCCAAGCACUAUUCAUGUCUGCUGAUUUCCGGAUGAGAACUGGACGGCAGAAGGUCUUGGCAAGAGCGACCAAUCUGAAUGAAAUGCUCGGCGAGGUCGAGCACGUCCUCAGCGACAAAACGGGCACGCUCACAGAGAACAUAAUGCGUUACAUCGCCUGCUCGGCUGGCGCACACGUCGUGCCAGAACCCAAGGAUGAGACGCAGUCUGACAACUCCUCUACAGACUCGGGCAGAAAGAAGAGUAAGAAACGCACUAAUCCGGCUCUGGGGGACAAGACGGCUGUGCUAGAUGGAAACAGCUCAGAAGAGGCACUUCCAGAAUAUCAAGGGCAGAGUCCGGAUGAGGUUGCAUUAGUUACAUCGGCGAGAGAAUACGGGAUCACUCUUAUGACGCGAACCCUUGACACACUCGUUAUUGAUCGCUUUGGAACGAAAGAAACUUACACGACUUUGGCGGAACUGGAGUUCAAUUCAGACUGCAAGAGAAUGGGCAUGAUUCUCUGGUGUCCUGACGGGAAAAUUAAAACGUUCACCAAGGGUGCUGAUACGAUCAUGUUGAAGUUGAUAAACAAAGACGCGAACAUAGAAUUGAUUCAGAAUCAUAUUGACGAGUUUGCGAAGGAAGGUCUACGAAUACUUGUGUUUGCAAUGAAAGAGUUGGAGGAGAAGGACUUCCAAACUUGGUUUGAACGGUUCCAAGAGGCGCAAAAUUCUUUGGAGGACAGGGAAGGGAAGAAUUCAAAGAUUAGCGCUGAACUCGAGGAGGGUUUGAUGUAUGUCGCCACGACUGCUGUAGAGGAUAAGUUGCAACACAAAGUGCCCGAGACGAUCAAGUUUCUGCGCGAAGCAGGGAUUAAACUGUGGGUCUUGACUGGUGACAAGAGAGAAACAGCUGAAAACAUUGGAUAUUCAGCGAACUUGCUUGAUAGGAACAUGGAAGUGGUGCAUAUUGCAGGAAGCUCAUCCGCGGAGGUGCAAAGACAACUUAAUGACACUCUCGAUCGUCAUGUGUUGGAUGCGCAAACUCCACAGCGACGGACGAGCUUCAGCGCAAUAGCUGAUUUGCCUCAGGUUGGUGUGAUCAUUGACGGGGCUUCUCUGCACCACGCGAUUGAGGAUCAUUCAGAUGUAUUCAUGGCGUUGUCCGAUCAUACGAAGGUUGCGAUCUGCUGUCGUCUGACGCCGCUACAGAAGGCACUAGUGGUACGAUUAGUGCGGGAAAAGAGAAAAGCGAUGAUUUUGGCUAUUGGAGAUGGUGAAUCAAUGCUGGACCAAGAGUGACGUCUCCGAUGGCGCGGCGGCCAUCCCUUAUCUAUAUGAGCGUGCCGCAGAAGGAGUGACGUCGGGGCAAUCUAGGAUCUCCUCACAAAAGAAAGGCACUAAUCAAUGCUGCGUUCCGCUGAA